AUGGGAUCGAUUAGUAUGGCUAUUAACUUUCCAAUUUCUCAGAAAGAUAUCCUGUCAAUCCAUAGAGUUCCCCAUGCUCACCGUCAAACAAAUAAGUCCAAGAAUGUUAUUGUGAAACUUUCAUCGCGCAUCCUUCGUGACAACGUACUAGCGGCUUUUCGUAAGGUGAAAACUCUCAAGACCAACCAGCUAGGUCUCACCGGAUCGACAAUGACCGUAUAUAUGAACGAGCAUCUUACACUGAAGAAAAAACAAUUAUUUCGAAAAACCAGAGAUCUCGCCGCUAUGCACCAAUACAAGUAUGUCUGGGUUCGGAAUGCCACUAUUUUGUUGCGCGAGCAAGAUGGUGAUACUGCUUUUGCUAUCCGCACAGAUGAUGAUCUUCGUAAGAUCAAAAGCCGUACUAAAGGUAGUAAUAAAAGCCCUUGUGGUGGUUCUACUCAACAUACUCAGUAA